AUGGUAGGCUUCGUCAUGAUGGUCGGCGGCAUGGCGCUCGGGAUCAGGAUCGGUCACGAUCUGGACUACAUUGAGCAUCCUGUGCAUGCCCACGUGGUUAUUGGCCUCAUCGUCGUCUGCACUAUUAUCGUGUUCCAACCCAUCAUGGGUAUCAUUCAGCACCGGCAUUUCAAGAAGAGAGGUGGCAAGAGUAUCUUUGCCUACUUGCACCGAUGGAUAGGACGUGGUGCUAUUGUCCUAGGCAUGAUCAACAGCGGUCUAGGCUUCCAGCUAGCCAAGACUAACGCGGUAGUUCCCGCCAGAUGGUAUAUCUGGAGCUACGUCCUCCUCGGUGUUUUCGUAUUCAUAUGGUGUGGUCUCGUUCUAUACGACGGGUUUAAGAUCAGAGGGGCGAGGGAGAGUUCAACGAGUUUGGAGAGAGACGUAUAA